GCAUGUGAAUGAGUGAAAGACAGGGAGCGUGAGAGGAGAAAUUUCAGCCUGACCUCUGCUUCUCUGUUGGUGUGGAGGAUCAGGACUUUCUGCUCUAGAAUCUCUAGUCUUCUGCUGAGGAGGAGGGAGGACACACAGACGAGCGAGAGCUUUAGAGAGGAUCUCACACCGCUCAUGCCCCGGCUCUCCUCUCUGAGGGAUGGGCACCACAGAGGCAACUCUACGAAUGGAGAACUUGGAAGUGAAAGACGAGUGGCAGGAUGAAGACUUCCCCAGACCACUACCAGAGUACGGAGACAUGGAUCCCUCUUGUGGUCUCACAGACGACAGAGCCUCUCCUCCUAACUCCCUGAAUGUGAGCCCACCUGGAGGAGGAGGUGGCGGCGGAAUGUCCUCCACCCACCGCAAACGGCGCACACUGGUUGCCCCAGAGAUGAACCUUUCCCUGGACCAAAGCGAGGGCUCUUUGCUGUCAGAUGACUUCCUGGAUACACCGGAUGACCUGGACAUCAACGUUGAUGACAUCGAUACGCCUGAUGAGACAGACUCACUGGAGUUCAUCACCAAUGGCAACGAGCUGGAGUGGGAGGAUGAUACACCAGUGGCCUCAGCCAAAGCAGGUCCAGCUGAUGGUUCAGGAGAUGUGGAUGGGGAGGGGAAUGCUAACAAUGGACGCCUCUGGAGGACUGUGAUCAUUGGAGAACAGGAGCAUCGUAUUGACAUGCAGGUCAUCAGACCUUACCUCCGGGUCAUCACACACGGAGGUUAUUAUGGCGAGGGCCUCAAUGCCAUCAUUGUUUUCUCUGCGUGUUACCUGCCUGACAGCAGCUGUCCAGACUACCACUACAUCAUGGAGAACCUCUUCCUGUACGUAGUGAGCAGCCUGGAGAUGCUCGUGGCUGAAGAUUACCUGAUCAUCUACAUGAAUGGAGCCACUCCUCGGAGUAAGAUGCCUGGGAUCAGCUGGCUGAAGAAAUGUUACCAAAUGAUUGACAGAAGACUGAGGAAAAACCUGAAGUCUUUGGUAAUCGCUCAUCCCACCUGGUUCAUACGCACCGUCCUGGCUAUAUCAAGGCCUUUUAUCAGUGUGAAGUUCAUGAAUAAGAUCCAGUACGUCCACAGCCUGGAUGAGCUGGCAGAGAUCGUCCCCAUGGAGCACGUCCAUGUUCCUGAGUGUGUGGUGCAAUUUGACGAGGAGAGGAUUAAAGCACGGAGGGAAAGGAUGGAGCAGGAGCACAGACAGCAGGAGCAGCAGCAGUCAGUCCCACAGGAGCCAAUUAAAAAGUCAGAGAGGCCGAAGUCGAUGAUUGUAGAUCAAGGAUUAUGAGAAGGACAGAACUUCGCAGCCGAAGUGUGUGACAAACGUAUGGAGCAUGAACCCUUGGUUUUAUCACCGUACGAAGCAGUGGGUCCAACAAGUCUAUGUGCUUCCGUCUUUAACCAACAUCCAGCCGAUGAUUUGUGCCGUCAAGACGGUAAAUGCUCCAUCUCAUUAAUCCCUCUACGUGGAACCCCUUCUCUUUCUCUGCCAGAUGGUUUCAUACUGCAACUUGAAAAUGUACGAUGGAAGUCGGCGCUCUGUUACAGGAAGUGUUUCUCUGUGGAAACUAUUGUUGGGUUCAUCGAUUCAUUAACCUGCUGUGUGGUCGGACCUGUUGUAUCACUCUUAUUGUAUAAUUACAUCAUCAUGAGGCUUUGGAAGACCAGGACGUUGACAGUAUAAUGCAACACAAAUAGACUGGGACGUUAAAGAAAGACGUUUGACUGUGGCAAUGUUGGGCGACACAACUGUAACUCCAAUUGUGGAUGUUUAAGCUUAAUUUCAUGGAAGAUGGCUUUCAUUUUCCAAAAUUGUACUUUUGGUUAAUAAUAAAUUAAAUAUACUAAAUGAACUCAGAAAAAAGGCCAAAUUUUACAUCAACAAUUCUGAAAAUCUGACAACUGGAGAUAUAAGCUUUUUGCCUGACGCCAGUGAUGUGUAAAUAUGUUAUGUAAGAUUUAACACUUGACCACAGAUGUUUCACAGCAACAUUAUUGAUGUAGCAGAUGCUGAUCUUGGGUCAGUGUGUGACCACCUGACCAUGCACACAUUAAUAUUCACGCUGGCUCGUGUGAAUAUAAUGUGUGUUAGAUGUAAAUUACAAUGCAUCAAAUUCCUUCAUCUUUAUAAUUAUUAUUAUUAUUUGCCUCAUACCUGCUGUAUCCUAGGCCUUCUUGAGCUCUCUCUUUUGCUGUACUGACAUUUCGGAAAUGUCAAAAUGUACUAACAUCUGUACUGUACCUUGUGUUUAUGAUGUGCCUCAGUCAUCUUGUGCGUUGAAAAUACAGGAACAUGAACAUUUGCAUUUUGUGGCCUGGAACACCCAUAUGAGAAAAUCUUUAAGAAUUAUAUAUAUAUGUAUUUACAUAUAUAUAUAUAUAUAUAUAUAUAUAUAUAUAUAUAUAUAUAUAUAUAUGCUGAAAAUAUAAUGUUUAUUUUAUGUAACAUGGUUAUGGCCACUUAGAUGUCAUAGAACAUUUAAAGGUAGGCUAUACUAUGCGGGAAGUCGAAAGUUAAAGUAAAAGCCAACCCAGAUUGACUCUAGUCAGUGUUUCGUCUCGUCAUAUUUGUGUUUUUCGGCACUGUGUCUCUUGAACGACUGCUGCUUAUGGUCUGGUACCUGGUGGCUACACACCCACAAAUGUCCCGAACACAGAAAUAAGAAAAUGCAGGCAGAGUCUCUGCAGAAAAAUACACCUCCCAACACUUCUGAUGGGUCAUAAGUGAUGACUGGGAGGGAUUAUUUCUGUCUGAGUCCAUACAUUGCUUUUUUAAGGGAAUUCCUGCAUAGUAUACCUUUAAACAAAUAUGCUUUUUAUCAAUAUUUUAGACUAUGUAGUCUGCAUAUUCCAUUCUGUAUGUCAUGUAUAAGAUAAAUAUAAUGCUAGCCCACCAUAUACAAAACAUGUGCAAUUAUUUUUUUAUGACAUUUGUAUCAAAGUGGCCAUAAUUAAUACACAAACUUUGUACGAAUAAUUGUACUUUAAUUUGAUUAACUGUGCAUAUCUAUAAUUCUUACUGAUUUGUUUCAUAUGGGAACAUUUGCUCAGAUUGUGAAAACAUGUUCUGCGACUAACUUGAUGAAGUAUACAGCGUCCUGUGAAAGGAAAUUUCAGAAGCAUAAAGUUUAUGUAGCUUAUGUGGAGUUUGUGAUUUCCAUUUCAGCGGCAUGACAUCCCCUCAUGUUUUUUUUUAUCUUAGUGUGGCUUUAUCUAUUGAAUAUUUGGGACAAUGUCAGCACACUCCCAUUUAACAGAAGUUUAAACAUUUGUCAAACACCCUAAUUGCAUUAUGGAUUGGACGAUUCUUGGGUUAAGUUGAUUUUCUUGUGUCUUCCAUCUCUUCAACUCACAGUAGCAGGAGGGCAGAGGAGGAAGAACUUUUAUUUUUGUAAAGUAAUUCAUAACUGUAUCACCUGCCUGCCUUUUUUUUCUUUGCACAACUGGAUUAUUUUUAAGAGGAGAAAAGUUCCUCUAAAGUGUAUUCUGUGUUGUUGUUAAGUAGCAUUACUGAGGUCACGCGGUCAUGUAGCUCUUCGUAAAGCAUGAACAUGUUUAUGCUUCUUUGGAACAGAAACUAGGACUCAUGUAAUGUCUGUUCCUAAAGUGCCAUCCCACUUCUGUUCUUUUGCCUUUCUGGUGUAGGAAUGUUAAAGACAGGGUUCAACUUUGAGGUUUGUUUGCUGUACUGAGUGCCUAUUUUUGAACCAAAUGAUUACAAGAAAUCCAGAAGUAAAGUAGUAGAAGUAAAGGAAUGUAAAGUGUAGCCUUUUCAUCUGUAGUUAUUGUAGUUUAUAGGUUCAGUUUAUCAAGUCGCACCCAAUAUUGUAAGCAAGGUUUGCAUAGAAACGGCUGAUAUGACCUUUCCAAAAACUGAAAUGUUCAUUUUGACGAUAAAAGCACAAUAUUUAUAUUAUUACAAAUUAUUUGCCUGCCAUUUGUCUGCUGUAAAAUGUUUGCUCAGAUUCAAAUGGGAAAGAGGAUCCAUCAUUUAUUCUGAAGUUCCUUAGAUCUCCAUGAUCGGUUCUGCCUUGUAAAUAUGAAUGAAUAAACUGUUCCUCCAAAAAUCUGUUUUGUUUUAUGUUUUCAUACAUUUGGGUAUGCACUGGAAAAACUUGAUACUUGAAAUGACUUGUCCAUUCUAGACUGCUGUAUGUUAUUGAGACAAAUUUUAGAGCCUCAUAUCCACUAUGGGGGUGUGGGUAGGUGUUUGCUAACGAGUUUGUGAGAGGCUGUUUUAUGUCUGUGUUGUGUUACCAUUUUUUUUUUCUGUUGCACCCAAGAGGCCAACAAAAGCAGUUGCUGCAGGUUUAAGUGGCAAUUACAGCUU